GAUAUGAAGAGCCGGUGAACAUUAAACCCAAUUGAUUUAAAUCCGCGUUUUCAGUAACGUCUGCUUGCAUUUAUAUCUUCUGUGUAUGGCUAAUAACAGUGGAAUGAUAUAAUAAUAACGGAUCUCUAGAUUCUUCUAUUAUUGUGCAUAACGGGUCCUUUUCUUCCAGUCACUGAAAGCUAUAGUGCACCACACGCGCCUCUGAUGCCCAAAAUGCGCUCUAGUUUAGCAGCUCGCUUGGUUUUGAUACACAAAAACCAGAGGACACACGUCAGCCAUCAGCAUCAUUUUCUGACACUCUUCCCCAUUGGGGGAUGCUAAAUGCGGGUGAUGUACACGUCGAGAGACUGGUAAAGAGGUUUAUAGUGUCGCAAAAGAAAAAUCAACGAUUACACAUUCACAGUUUGCAGAAGAAGAUAAAAAUAGUGCUGGAUAACAUCAGUGAGAAGAGAGAAACGGGCAACAUUUUCUGUCACUUCCUCAGCAGCUGUGUUAAAAGCCUCAUCUCAGCUGACUUCAAGCACCAUGUCCUCCUCCUCUUCUCCCUACAAUAAGACCAUGCCAAAAGAGCCACCGAUCCCCAAAACAUCUCAUACAACCAGUGCCAGAAGUGCAAUUCACUCAUAUUAAGCAAGUCCCAAGGGUGUUUCUAGAGAGAGGGGUCAGCCAAUCUAUUCUUGGACUGCCUCCCAUAGGCAGUUCUGCAAGACACCUCACUAUGAACUUUGUGCCUGGUCAUUAUCCUUAUCCAUGUGGAUCACACAUCAGUAGGGAGAGUUCUGUGCAGAGCCUAGACCGAAAGAGGGAGAAUAUGUUAAACAUAGCAGAACAAGGAGAACCCACUUUGACAAAGCAGAGAGGUCAGAGACCAAAUGAACUGGGGGAGGAGUCUCCAAAUGGAAAUCAAUUACAGCAGCCACCAAAAGCAAACUCAGCAGAGAUAUCAGACCAUGAAGAGGAAGAAAGUGGCACUGCACAGUUUGAAGAUGAGAGCAUGUAUCAGAACAGAGCAGCAGAGGUUCAGGGUGUUGGUACCUCUCUUAAAGUGACCAUCCAGCGCAGUAGUGAGAGUCGAGCCUUCAGCACUAAACCUGAUGAGAUGACAGCAGGUGCAGGCCAUGAUGGCGAAAGAGAGAAAAGCAAGCACACAGUCAAAUUCACCUGCUACAUUUGCAAAGUCACCUGUCCUGACCAGCAAGGCUUCCAGGCACACAUGAUCAGUUUGGAUCAUCAGCAGCGUAUGAUAGAAAUUCAGAAUGCAAGUAACGCCUGCUUGGCCACACUGUCACCCCAAGCCCAGGAGCCUCUGCAAGGCACAAACAGAGGCAGGAGGACGGGUCAUCAACGCUGGUGUCCUACCUGCCAGUGUCAUUUUUCUGGAGACCUUAUUGAGCACAGACAAACAAAGAAACACAAGCUGGCAAAAGUCUCCUCUAGACCUUUCUGCACUCUGUGUGAGCGCUACUUUAGAACUCCUCGCAAGUUUGUGGAGCAUAUGAAGUCUCCUGAGCACAAGCAGAGGGUUGAGGAGCUAAAAGACGAGGGUGACCCAGAGGUUAUGGAGGAGCUCAUAACAGUAGAUGCUAUCGGCUGCUUUGAAGGAGAGGAUGAUUAUGAAGUGGACCGAAAUGAAGAUGAUGUUCCAGUGUUUGAGAAGCAUCCUCCUCAUAGGGAGAUUCUUGAAGAGGUGACUGAUUAUAAGGUGUAUGAUCCAAACACACAGUAUGGUACUAGUUUUGUGGUUCCUGUCGCUGGAUUCCUCUGUAAGAUAUGUCAUAAAUUCUACCACUUUGAGUCGUCUGCACGGGAAACUCACUGCAGGUCUCUUAUGCAUUUCCAGAACUUACAGAAGUACAACACCCUGAAGAUGCAAAAGAAGCCACCUCAGGAGGAGUCUGAGAGUGAUGCCUCAUGUAGCAGCACCAUGGGGAAUCCUCAAGACCUGGAGGUCAUUGCUAGCUGCUCCAAUGAGACUGAGAUUUCUGUCUGCAGCCAAUCAGUUCUCAACAAAUCACAUAGCCGCCCUUCGAGAAAACGCUCAAACUCAAGAAAGCUUAAGCCAUAUAAAAGACGUCCCAAAUCCAAGACUCCAUGCUCAAAAACUGCUGCAGCUUCACAGAACCCAACUGUCGUCAUGCAACACUUAAUAUGUACUCCAGACUUUGGCUCAUGGUCUAGUAAAGAGUCACUCCACCGUAAAAGGAAGAGGCCUGAUUCCGGUUUUCGGCUACAGUGCUCGGAAUUUGAAUCCAGUGUAAAAUUAAAAAGCUCCUGUGACCCAAACUGUUGUUUAGAAAAGAAAGAAAAUGGGAGCACAGCACCCACACACAGUAUGUGUUAUGCAUCACAGCUGAACUCUGUGAAAAAUGUUGUACAACCGAUUCAAUUUCCACAAACAAUCAGCAAAUACUGAAAACAAAUUCCCCUAAUGUUCAAAAUUGUUCAGGCAACAGUAAAAGCCCUGUGAAAAUUGUGAAAUAAUCCUGACAGAAUGCAAUACACCAGUCCAACAGUGUCACAAAAUGCCUAUUACUAUUUUGUGAUACUUACUAACGCUUUAUAAAACUGUAUUUUAACAUGUUGAUUAUGAGUGUAUUUUAAAAAACGAAUGGUUAGCACAGAUAUCUGUACUUUCAGUACAACUGUAUAUGCAUAUCUGUAAAAGAUUGCAUAUGAAGCAGAUAACAUUUUACGCCAUUGCUCAAAUGUUCAGCUAUAGUAGACACCAGCCAAAUUUUAACCUGGUCUCCUGUUCAUGGUGUGGUGCUUCUGACACUGAAGCACCAUAAAGUCUGGCAUCUUGUCUAUGAAUUUAAAUAUUUGUGCAUGUGUUUCAAUGGUAAAAAACUGUUUGGUCAUUUUGAUUUUAUGAAUUUUUUGGAACAUUAGACAUUUUCUUAAGCACCUUGGUCAGCUUUGUUUAACAUUUGUGGCAAAAGAACACAAAACUCUUCAGACUCGCUUCUUAAGAACACUCAUUCUCACUUUCAGUAAUAUUCCACAUCAUCAAUAUCUGUCUCGUGUUUAUAGUCAAUUUGAAUUUGAUAAUAAUACCAAUUGAAAAAUCUUUUAAAAUCUUUUUAUGCAUUUUAUUGGAACACUUUACAAUAAGGUUGUAUUAGUUAAUUCAUUGUUAGUUAACCGCCCACAGUCCACAAUUAUUUAGGUCCUAGUUGAUUGCGUGAUUUUUAAAUGAGUAAUAGUACUUUAAAAUCAAUUCUAAAUGUAACUGUAAGCCAGUGUAAAGACAUGAGGACUGGAGUAAUGUGCUCAGAUUUUUUGGUUUGGUUGAGAAUCUUGGCAGUAGCAUUCUGAAUGAGCUGCAGGUGUCUAAUGGUCUUUUGGGAAGGCCGGUGAGUCCUUUUCAGUAGGCCACCCUACUGAUGAUGAAUGCAUGAACAAGUUUCUUUCUAUGUCUUGGCUGGGUACAAAUCAUCUAAUUUUCACAAUAUUUUUGAGAUAGUAGGCUGAUUUAUUUAUUGCUUUGAUGUGACUACUGAAACUAAGGGCUGACUCCGAAAUUACAUCAAGAUUCCUUACUUGAUUUUUUGUCUUUAGACCCUCUGGAGUCAAGGUAUGUGUCAUCUUGGGAAUUUUUAUUUUGUUGCCAAAUACAAUGACCUCUGUCUUGUUUAACUGAAGGAAGUUUCGGCACAUCCAACUUUUAAUUAAACAAUGCACAG